CCCAUGCGACGAGAAGUGAAACCGCUUCAAUCGCGCAUCGCUGUAUAUACUUCGUUCAGUACCAUUCAGAUAAUAGUUGGAAUUAAAAGUUGCAUCAGCAGGGCCAUUCAUCAACGAGACGCAAUGGAGAUUUCAUACGAGGCAGUCUUCAGAUCGUUAACAGGGGUUGCACAGGCUACUAAGGCUUCUCCUGAUGAAAUCAACACAAUUGGAAAGCUGCUGUCUCCAGACAACGAAGACACUGAGACCAAGAUCAAACCGGCCAGUCUAUCUUUUCUAAAUUGGCAAGUCAUUAUCCGGCAAAAUGUCACAGCAAUGACCGGAGCCGCCAUUCAUAUUGCACUUGUCGCAGUAGCAGUCUCGUUACUCCGCGAGACAGCCCGUCAAAACCAGCCAGCAACAGCAGAUGAAAUCAACCAAUGCUGGACCAUCAUCCACAACGCCCUCACAUCCACAACGUCUUCCCGAGCACAGUUCACCGCUUCUCGUAGCGCACAAGGCUUCCUCUCGGUACCGCUAUGCAGCUUGGUUAAAGACGGCAGCAUUGACGAGCUCAUUCGCCUACACAUUUGGAUGCCGGACGGCAAGUGUUACGGGCUAGACCCGAUUAGUGGAUCCAAGCCUCAGCCCGGAUACUACUACAGCUCACCGCGCCGCUUCUAUAAAGGUCCUAUUUAAGCGCUUUUUUUUUAUAGAACCUCUACAGAACCUCCGCUCUAAAAACC